UUUCUCCCCCAUGCCGUUGUUUUUAAAAAAAUAUUUUAAUUAUCCGCGUUGAGUUUUGAAUUUUAUUAAUAUUGGCUUUAAAAAAGAAAUUUCGAGUCAUCCGGCGCGAUGAACAUAAUAGAAAACAUCGAAAGGAUGAGAUUGGGAUUGAGUUAUUGCAAGAGGAUUGACCCAGUGUACCGUGACUUGAAAAACGUCCUUCCAGAUGUAUUUAAAAAUUUCAGCAUCGAGGUCCUCCCAGGGCGCGUACAUACGUCGUAUUGUCCAGUCUUUGCCACUAAAUUUUGCAACGUCCCUAUGUACAAACACAUGUUAGCUGCGGCAAAUGAGGAUGGAAAAGUGUCUGUGUGCGACACGUUAAAAGUCAAAGAACAGCCUGAGAUAACAACUGUUCAGGCGCAUAAUAACGCAAUUUUCGACUUGAACUGGGCGAAUUAUGAUCACAAGUUUGUGACGAGUUCAGGUGACCAUACGUGCAUUCUUUGGGACGUUGGCGAGGGCAGGGUCAAAAGUAUACACAGAUUCGUCUGCCAUGCACAGAGCGUAAAAGCUGUUAUCCCAAGGCCAGAAACAGACUAUAUGUAUGCUUCUGGUGGUAGGGACGGCACGAUUAAAUUUUGGGACGUCAGGUCAGGAAAGCAUGGAGAAUUCAAUAUAUCAGAGGAUCAUGUUUUGAACAAUCCCCAUGUAAAAAUAGGGAAUGAAUCUAAGAAAACAAAGAGGAAGGAAACUUCAGUAAAAGCCGAUGACUCAGGAAACCAGUUUUCUAUAACUGGAAUAGCAUUUCAGGACGAAAAUACGAUUUUCAGCUGCUCAUCCGGUGACGGAUUAAUUAAGGGAUGGGACAUGAGGCGACUUUAUACCAUAAGAUUACACAAACCGUUGCCCUUGGUCGAAUUGAAGUGCCCGCCAGAGCAAAAGUGGAAAGGGUUUUCCAGUCUGGCAGUAAGCCCGUGCAGAAUGAAGCUUUAUGCCAAUUGCGUAUCAAACUGUAUGUAUUGUUAUGAUAUCGCAUCAUAUAGGGAAGAACCAAUCAAACAAUUUGAAGGUCACACCGUUUCAAGUUAUUACAUCAGGAAUGCGGUCAGCCCAGAUGGUAGGUAUGUCGCAAGUGGUUCGACAAACGGCGUGGCAUACGUCUGGUCUGUCGACGUACCCGAAAUCCCUUUGGUCCUGCUCAAAGGGCACACUAGCGAAGUCACCUGCGUCGAUUGGUGCCAAUCAAGCGGUGUAAAGUUGGUGACAGCUUCUGACGAUUCGACGUAUAAAGUUUGGAGGCCUUGCACGAUCGAAAAACAGGAAUGCGAUAUUCUGCUAGGCGGUGAAGCAUACGAUGCAGAUUGUAUGUAUCCUAAUCUUUAUCAAAACAAGAAAAUUAGAGUAUCUUGCCAAAUAAAAGAUUGCAGUAGUUAUAAAGUAUUUCAGAGAAAAAGGAAAGCACCUUUUGGCUUAUAUAAAAAUAAUGACUUAUCUCCAGAAAAAUCCAACAAAAGACCUAGGUUACAAUUGACUCCUAUUAAAGAAAGCCCAACGCUGAAUUUGCCCGAUCUAGUCAAAGACGGAACAUCACCUCACGACCACCAUUGCAUGCGUACGCCUAAAAGCCAUAGCAAAGACUGGCUCACGAGGCAUAGAAAGAGCGCUUCGAAGGAAAAACAGAAAUCGGGCUUAAGGCGACGUUCCUCGCAGAAGGGGUCUCCUUCGGCUAAAGUCACCUUGCUCAAGUAUUUCAAAUUUGGCACUAUGAAUGUAAACGACCAGAAGCAGAUAAACGAAAGCUCAGAACGUGAAGAAAAAGAAUAGGCAAGUUAUAAAAAAGAAAAAAGAAACAUCCAAACUUGGAUCGUUUCUUGAUAUUUUAACCAAUUAGAAGAUAAAUUAUAAACGUGGACUAUUGGCUCCCAUGUGAGUUUUUUAAAAGUAUACAAUAAAUACGCAUAUAAUAAAAUUAUUAUAAAAUAACUUAUUUAAACAAAAGUGAAAAAAAAGUAAAUGUUCGUUGUAUAUAGUGGCACACCAAAAAUUAGUUAAAUUGAAGUCUCUAUUCUUCAAAUAUGUUUACAAUUUUUAUUCCAAUUAAAUAUAAUUUUUUUCUCACAUAUGUUAAAACUUUUCAGAUUAUUAAACAAGUGAGCAUUUUCUUAAAAAUUAAUAUAAAUUGAGGCUAUGGAUAUAAUUUUCAAGAUUUCUAACUACGACAUAAUUACACUAUUAAGUUCCAUAGUUCAAGGAGAAAUCUUAUUGUAAAAGUGUUAUUUAAGAAUUAAUAAAGUAUAAUUGGUGGUUUUUUCGGAAUGCAGUUGGGAUUUUUUUUCCCGAUCAAUACAUACACAUUAGAGAUUGUUUAUAAAAAUAUACAAGAGAUUUAAGAACUUAGUUCUUAUAACUGAUAGUUUUUACAGGUAGUUGACUUUAAAACACUGUGAAUACAGAUAAAUAUCAUGUACAUAACUUUUAUGGCCAUAGAAAUGAAAAUAAUGUUCAGGAUUUAAGAACAAGCACACGAACAAAACUGAUCCAUAAAUUUAUACACACAUAGCAAUUAUUUGAUACACAUUUUUACUAGCAUUGUUAUUUAUAAACUUCCAAAAAAAAAUGUAUAUUAUAUUAUUAUAUAAUAAAAUAGGAAAACCAUGAAC